UUUGUAGAUUCUAACAACUUUUUGUCGUCCCAGAAAAACUGUCAUGGAUUGUUAGAUUCCAAGUUUCCAAUCUCAAUGUCUUCCUCCUAAAACGCUAAACAUUCUCAAGUUGUGAAUCCCAAAUACAAAGUAGGAAACGUACGAGGAGGUUGAUGAAGUUUGUGGUCUGAUGGCGAAAAAGUUGACAAUGAAGGGUCUUUUCAAGCCGAAGGCGCGAAGCCCAUUGGAGCUUGUAAAGCACACGCACGAGCUUCUCACGUUUCUUGAUCGGAACAUGGAUGCGCGCGAGCAAAAGCGCAAAGAAAAGAUGGAUGAACUGAGCAAAGCAAUCUUGGAGAUAAGAACAGUUUUAUAUGGUGAUGAGGAAUCAGGGCCAAAUAAAGACUCUUGUGCACAACUUACUCAGGAAUUUUUCAGAGGGGACACAUUCAGGCUUCUCAUUGUUUGCCUUUCAAAGCUCAACUUGGGGGCUCGUAAAAACGCCACUCAUGUCGUUGCAAAUUUGCUAAGGCAACGAGUUCAGUCCCAAUUGAUUGCUUUAGAGUACUUGGAAAAGAAUAUAGAUCUUAUGGACAUUCUGAUAAAAGGCUAUGAAGACAGCGGCGAUGUUGCUCUGUCAUAUGGUGCAAUUUCAAGGGAAUGCAUUCGUCGCCAGAAUGUAGCAAGGUAUGUCUUGGAAUCAGACCACAUGAAGAAGUUUUUCGAUUAUAUACAAACUCCAAAUUUCGACAUAGCAUCAGAUGCUGCAGCUACUUUCAAGGAGCUCAUGACAAGGCACAAAUCAACUGUUGCUCAAUUUCUUUCUAAAAAUUAUGAGUGGUUUUUCCAAGAGUACAAUUCUCAGUUGCUUGAGUCUUCAAAUUAUAUCACCAAACGCCAGGCCAUCAAGCUGUUAGGAGAUAUGUUGCUCGAUCGCUCCAACUCUGCUGUGAUGGUUCAAUAUGUCUGCUCUCUGGAUAACAUGAGAAUCCUGAUGAACCUUCUUAGGGAUCCAAAGAAGACAAUCAAGUUAGAGACCUUUCAUGUGUUCAAGCUAUUUGUUGCAAACCAAAAUAAGCCUCCUGAGAUUGUUAAUGUGCUUAUCACAAAUAGGACCAAGCUUCUCCGUUUCUUUGAUGACUUCACCAUUGAGAAAGAGGAUGAGCAGUUUGAAGCAGCCAAAGCUGAUGUUAUUAAUGAGAUUUCUGUUCUUGAACCCAAACCCAAGAUAUCUUCAAUCCUCAGCUUUAGAAACAAUUGUGAGGUCAAAUGUUAAUUGUACUCUUGAAGUAUAGGCCUUGUUGUAAACUGCCGCUGAAAGUAAAAAUUGAAUCGUAUUGUCACCUCAAUUAAAAUUUUGUUGCAAUGUACCAUUUACGACCUAACUCCAUCUAGUGUUCCGUCCAAAAAGUUGGUGACCCUUUUCAAAGGAUAUUUUGACAUCUGUCAAACUAUCGUCACACUUUUUUUGAAGGGUCACGUGUAUAGCACCUUCAAUUUUUUGGACGGAAAAAUAGACCAAGUUAGCCGUAAGUGGCACAUUCCAACAAAACUUUAAUUAAGGUGAAAAUGUGACUUAAUUUUUCUUUCUAGGCAACAAAUUACCACAAGGCCCAUAAUUCAUGUGGUUUUAGUGUAAUUUUACCCUCUUGGGUUUCCAGAAACCAACUUAAUGUAUCAGAUGUAGCCCAAAUAUGGGCCUAUAUAUUCUUUAAAAUUCUAAUAAAAGUUCAUCUCAAUUUCCUA